GCGGAGUGUGUAGCGGUCACACAGCCGCAGGAGAGCCGGGUGCUUGGAUGCUUUCUGCGCCACUUGUCCCCCGGGGAAUAUCUCACUUCUGUGUCCGCCUUCCCGACGCUUCCUCCCAGCUUCUGAUGCGAGUGUGAGCCGCUGAUCCGCCGCCAUGUCUCCCCGCUGUUCCUCCCUCCCUGCCCCCCCUCCCCCAGCUCCAUCAUGCCCAUCCUCAAAAACCUCCCAGUGCGCCUAAAAGGCGGCGGUCCGACUCUAGAAAACGCUUGGAUCCUACGCAGGAUGAGCCUCAACAUCACCCCCAACCAUCACCAUCACAACCCCUUCGACAAUGACGACGACAGCAUCCACGGCAACGGCGGCCACGGCGACCACUGGUCGCCCGGCAGCUCGCUGCUGGACGGCGACGUGCAGAGGGAACGCAACCCGUUCGAGGACGAGGAGGACGAGAACGAGGCCAACGAGGGGAAGAAGGGAAGCGGAAGUGGAGGUUCGGUGAAGGGAUCUUUCAAGUUCAUGUCCCCGCUGAAGACUCUGGGGAAGCUGGGGAAGAACCUGAGGUUGUCGGGGCGGAGCAAAGGAAGUGCAACGCCAUCCCCGCAGGGCUCGCUGCAAGGAACGCCCUCGCCCGCCGAGAAAAAGAAGAGGGGACGGAGGAGCUCUGAAGGAAGUCUGUUGAGGUUUGCCGGGAAAUACCGUGACACCCUUGGCUCCCGUAAGGAGUCUCUCAUCAACGGCGAGUUGAACUGUUCAGAGAGCGAGUGCGACACAACCAGCCGGCGCCUGUCCUUCAUGAAGAUGGUGGGCCUGGGGAAGCUGAAGAGGGAGUCCAUGAAUGACCACUCGUCCCAGGGCCCCGAUGAUCAGCUGGUGCAGGAGGAGGCGCUGGAGGAGGUCAAACCCAGAGAGCCACUGUCAGUCCUGGAGAUCCUGCAGCUGGUGAAGAAGCGAGACCUCCUAUUGGCCGACAGCCACAUCCUGGAGCUGGAGCAGGAGUGCAGCGAGUCGUCCGAGCCCGAGGACGCCGCUAGCCCCGGCGUGAAGGACGGCGGGCGCCGGAAGGCGAAAGACGUGGAGCUGCUCUACGAGGAGCUGCAGAAGGAGCUUUGGGCCGUCGUCAGGGAGUCGCUGCGCUCGCCGACGGCUGGGCCCAACCUCGGUCUCGUGGUGCAGGUCCUGCAGCAGGAAGAGCAGGUAGAUAAAGACUGGGCCCAGAGUGCGGCUGCGGCCCCCGGGGGCCCGAGGCCUCGGCGUCUGAAGCAGAGGUGGAGGGAGGCGGUGGAGGAGGCCGCCGACGGCUCUCUCCCUCAGAAGGCCGAGUUCACCGCCGGAGAGCUGGACCAAUACCUGGACCGCCUCCGGGCCCGCGUGGUGGACGACCUCGGCGCCGCCAAGAGGAACGUGGUGUCCAUCUACCCCGAAGACUUCCAGCCCUUCCAGGAGUACGUGCAGAGCUACCACCAGGCGGUUGCUAGGCGACUGGGGGCGAUCACCGACAACCAGCUGGAGAUUACUGACAUCUACUCACUGCUGGACUGGCUGCACAACAUAUACAACAGGGACGUUCUGGGGACCGUGUGCAUCACGAGUCCCUUCAGCCGAGAUCGUCUGUGUCCUCUGCUGCCGUCAGAGACUGUAGGCCGACUAGAGCUGGACUGUCUCAACUCUGUCAGGACUAAAGUGACCACGGAGCUGAGCCAGGUCCUGGAUGAGGAGGAGAAGAGAUGGAUGGAGACGCUGCACAUCGAGGAGUAUCAGAUCACGCUGGCCAAGACUGUCAUACAGAGGCUGCAGGUGGAUCUUGAGCGUUCGGCUUCCAUCAACAGGAGUUUGGGCUCCAGAGUGGCUCAGUGCAGCCUCAACGGCCUGGCAGACUUCCUGUACAGUUUUCAGCGUAAAGUUGAGAUGUUUCACGAGGGGAUGCAGAGCGGCAUGUUCGGGGACAACGAGGACGGAUACGUGUCCAAAACCAUCGCCCUGGUCAACUGCUGCCCUCCCUUCAGAGGGUUCGUGCAGCGCUGUGCUCAGUGUGAUCCGUCAGUCAGCGAGGACUCUCUGCGUCGGGCCAACAAAGCCCUGGAUCACAUCGUUCAGCAGGGAGUCAGAGUGCUGUCCGAACGCCUCUACCUUCACAUCAGGCCGUUCUUUGAGCGUCUGGUGAAGAGGAAGUGGCUCAGCAACACGGAGCCGUACGAGCAGAUCGAAGCUCUCAUCAAAGAAUACUUCAAGAAGUAUCUCAGGAUGGACAGUCCUCCGUACCAGCUGCUGGUGGCGGAGGUCCACCGGCGCGUGGUGAUGGAGUACCUCCGCUCGGUGAUGCGCGGCCGAAUCAUCUGCACCUCCAUGAAGAUGAGGAAGAGGAUGGCGGGCCGGCUCCGAGACGAAGGCAGACAGAUCAAAGUCCUCUUCAAAGACCUGGAGUCUCCGUCCAGCUGGUUGGACAGCGCUCUGUCUCACAUCUCGGAGAUCAUCCAGCUGGAGGACGUCCCGUCCGUCCAGAUGGAGGUCGGGGUUCUGGUCCGAGAGUUUCCAGACGUCAGGAAGAAGCACGUGUCUGCUAUCCUGAACAUCCGGGGGACGACUCGCCAGGCGGAGCGCCAGGAGAUCCUCAACAUCGUCAAAGACAUCGAGAGCAGCGAGGUCUCCUCCUCUGGCGGCGCCGCCGCCGCCGCCGCCGGCUCGGCCCGGAUGACCCGCGACCGCGCCCUCUUCUCCGAGGUCCCCGUGACCUCCGAGGUCCACUGCCUCAACGUGGGUCUGAGCCGCGUCGCCCUCACCGCCUCGUCCUGCUUCACCUCGCUGCGCCGGCGCCCGCGCAAAGCCAGGGCGCCCGUCCAGGAGAACGCCGACGACGUUCUCUGAACGCACAAACCCCCUUCUCCCUCGCAACCAGCGUCGAAUACUGGCUCUCAGCAUCUAGUCAUCCGGUCCAUCAUCGUAUAAAGCCCGCCCUGGCAAUCUGAUUGGUCCCAACAGCUCUGGUUACUGGUACUGUAAGCUUUAUUUGAUUAGGACAACGCACAUUAAUCCACAUUUCUGUAAAUGCGCCAGCGUUAGCCAGUCUGAAUGAAUGAAUGAAUGAAUGAAAACUUUAUUGAACAACAAUCAACAAGAGGUGUUCAAAAGGAUAAAGACACAAUAAAGCCCAAAGGCUCGUUUCCAGUGUGGUCCCUUUUUUAGAUGGAAAGGUAGUACAAGAGUCGGCUGAUUUUCAACUGUAGUCCUAGUUGCCUCGCGUAGUCUUUACGGUGGGAAGAAACCGGAGCACCCGGAGGAAACCCACGUAAACACGGGGGAGAAACAUGCAAACUCCACGCAGGAAGGCCUGAGACGAGCCGGGUUCGAAUCCAGAACCUUCUUGCUGUGAGGAAGAAGCGCUAACCACUGAGGAGCCACCGUGCUGCUCGGUUCGAGAACAGUUGCUCCACAGUGGAUCGUGUCCAGAACGAACUUGUAAAUUCGGCUGGCAUCCAGGCUGGUUGUCUCUUACAGCACUUUCAAAAUAAAGGAGGAAUAAGCAUGAGCGCGUCAAAUGCCACGGCGGGCUAAAACAAAAGGGAGGACCGGGCAAAUUUUGGCCCACGGGCCCCAAAUUGGGCCUUGGUUUUGAGAGUUGAUCUACUCGUGUCUUUUGGGCGAUGCGUUGAAACCCAAGUCCAAAGUUGUUUUGGAUAAAAGCAUCUGUUAAAUGUAAUGUAAUGUGUUCUUGCUUACCGUAAAGGUAGUCUAUAUCCUUGACGUUCCACUUCCAGGAUUGCCCCGUUGCCGCCGGUUGCGUGUCUUUUCGGCCGGAUGUCCCGUCCCCUUCCUCUGUCUCUGUGUUGGCGUUGUAACCUCCGGUGGAUUUGUGAG